CUGUCGUCAACAUGCAGCUAUUCUUUCUUUUACCCAGUGUUCUCUUAGGAUGGACCAUCAUGGCUGGUCUUGCCUGGGCAGUCCGUGAGUUUGCCAAUUUCAUCUAUGGUACUGCUCGCAUGCACCUUGAACUACACAUUAAUCCAGCGGCACGCCUUCUGCAUAUCUUUGCGGUCUUCGCUAACUCUUGUGCCNUGAACUUAGACGUCGGACAUCCUAAAUGCGAGUGUGGCUAUACAGUUAACGCCACGAAUGGAUCGAGUCCUUUCGCUCUCUUCACCGAUUUCCUAGAAACAGACUUUCUACACCUAUACAACCUACCAGACAGCAUCGAUAUACCUGCCUCAGAAGCUGUGGGCUGGGCUGUACAAACCUACAACGUCUCUCCAUCAGCCGCUAGAGGACCUUACGGCAAAGCAGCUGAGAUUGAUAAUGUCAUCCUGAAUCCGCUCCCUUCACGCAAAGACUGGGGCGGCAAUGGAACACUAGGCGGCGCGCCCGGGCUGCAAGUCUGGGUCAGAAGUCAACAGGAUCUGCUGGGCUCGACCGGAGACCAGAUGGUUCGCUCUGGAGAGAUCGACAGUUUGCGUCGAGAUAUGCGUUACGGGAGCUUCAGGGUUGGUAUGAAGAUGAGUGAUGUCGCGGGCAGCUGCGCUGCCUUCUUCUGGAUUGACAUGGAAUAUCUGAGUCGUCAGGCCAUCUAUGAGAACAGCACCGGAUCGUAUCCAAUCAAUCUUGUCAUACAAUCGCCAGCCUCUGCUGAUGCAAACUACAACGCCAUCAACACCAGCACCUUCCGCGUCCAGCAUUUGCCCUUCAAGCCUAGUGAUGGCUACCACGAAUACCGAUUCGACUGGACACCAGAGCGGAUCGUCUUCUUCGCCGAUGGCAAUCCCUUACAAGAGUUCGAAAACACCUUCGAUGGCGACGCUCCUGACGCUCCAGGAACUCUGAUGCUCAACCACUGGUCAACAGGCAAUGCUGGUUGGAGUGGAGGACCACCAGCUCAGGACGCCGUUCUGACGCUCAGUUAUGUCAAGGCCUACUUCAACUCGAGCAACGUGACACGAGAGAAUGAGUGGAAUAAUGCCUGCACAGGAGGUCGUGAUCUGUCUGAUCGAACAUGUCAGAUCCCGGAUUUUCCGGCUCAAGGGAUUGAUCCUCAACGCACGGGACUGAAGGAUCCGGGCAAGACCAAAUUCUUCGUGUAUGACAACUAUGUCAAUGUCAAUCAGACAAUAUACCCAGCCGCAACAGGAAAGCCCAGUUCGAGCGGUACAGCCUUGACAUCACAUACACCUGCGACAUGGACGUUACUGGGUUGGACAGCGAUGUUCUGUCUGUUCCUGCUUGGUGGU